UUUGAAUGUUGUACCGGGAAGCCAAGCUUGUUAUGUCCGCUGGAUCAGAUCCCAAAGGAACGUGCAUGAAGAAAUAAUGGGGCAAGGACUUCUUUGAAGUUAUGGAUCCAAAGGCUACCCAAGAGUGGACAUCCUGCGAAGAAGAGGAGUUCAAGGUACAUUUUGCCGAGUUAUGGUAUGAAAAAUCAUGUGACAGGAUGGAAGCACUUGCAAAGAGGUUCCCUGCAAAGUCUAUUCAGCAGUUGAGAGAUAAAUAUGCUGAGGUCUUUGCGGAUAUGCUCUGUGGUGAGACAGAUGGUGAACCAAGCAGAGAUGAUGCAACUAAUGAUUGGGAUGAUUGGUACAAACUUUUAGAAGGAGAGACACAUGACUUGGUUAUGGACCCAUUGGUUGAAACACCUUUAUUUGAACCUUCCAAACAAUUGUUAUUCGAACCAGCAGGGGAUCAGGAGGAAAUACAAAAGUCACACUGCAAGUCAUCACGGAAGAGGAAACAGUGUUGGACUGCCGAGGAACACAGGGAUUUUCUACGUGGUGUGAAUUGCCUUGGACGAGGUGCAUGGAAAUUCAUCUCCGACUAUUUCGUCCCUUCCAGGACCCCAGCACAGCUAGCAAGCCAUGCUCAGAAGUACUUCGACAGAAUAGAUAAGAAUGAGCUGGAUGACACGAGGCAGAGGCAUAGCAUCAAUGAUGUCAGGCUUGUCAACCAUGGUAUGAACAUUUCUGCCCACUCCUAUACUGAACCAGGGAAGGGGAAAGGAAUUGCAUCAAGCAUCCUGCCAACAAUCCUAACUGAGGACAUAGGUAUUCUGCAUGGUCUGGCACAAGGAAUGCCUGAAUUUGGGCAAGCGAGUAACAGUCCAAGCAACUUAGCAGGACAGAUGACACAUAACAACCAUAUACUGGAGAGUUUCCAGUUGGAAGUCUCUGGCAUCCCAUCACCAAGAGAGCAGGGGAGUGUUCUGCUUGAUCAAACCAGGGCAGAAAAUAGGGCUUACCCCAGCCGCAAGAGAAACAUUGGCGCAGCCACCAACAGGAGGCGCGAGAAGAAAAGAAUGCUCCCUGAUCUCCUGACUGCCCAAACCCCACAUGUUCUGCAACUUGGGCAAGGAAGCAAUGGUGCAGCCAAUUUAUCAUAUGAGAUAGUGCCCAUCAAGCGGCACAAUUUACACCAGAAUGUGCCACCAUUCUGAAGCUUGGUGGAAGCCCUGCUACCUGUUACAGCAAAUAUGCUUUGAUUUGCUCUUCCAGGUGGGUUAUAUGUGUAAUGCUGAAGCAGUGACAGGCUGGACUAGUAUAAUUGCCUGCCUGCAUAAUAACGAAGCUGUGUUUGGCUUCACCAGCAUCUGGCCCAUGAUGUGAUAUGGAAACCAGUUAAUAUUUGCUUUUUGGUAUAAUUAUGUUGUGU